AUGGCACAGCAACACAAUAAUAGGAAUAGUCCGCAUCUAAAUCAUUUGCAACAAAACGGCUCAGCGCCUUCUUCUCCAUCGAUGUCUGGUUCGCAACAGGGUAAUCAACAGCGGCAGCCAGUUAAUUAUCCAAGUCCGACUUCAUACCCAUCGCCUUCUUUGUCGACUUCGCAAUAUAAUUAUCCGCCACCAGGUAAUCAAAACGAGCCAUAUCGCGCGAGUCCGACCGGAAGCAACGGAUCAUUAUCUCUUCCAAGUAUGCGUUCUUUAGAUCCUCUUCAGCAGCAGCAGCAGCAGCAACAGCAACAGCAGGCCGCACAACAUCAGCAUAUGGGUUCACCUUUACCUCCACCUGUUGCUCAAAUGGGCGGACCUUAUUAUCAAAACCAACUCCCUCAUCCGUCACAUCAACACCAAUACCCAAAUGUCACAUCGGAUCCAAAUAUGCGAUACGCGCUUCCAGUAGAUUCUCGAGUCAUGAGUGGAGGUCGACAUAAAAAGGAGAUCAAGCGUAGGACCAAGACGGGUUGUUUGACCUGCAGAAAGAGAAGAAUUAAGUGCGACGAACAACACCCCGCCUGCCGAAAUUGCCAAAAGUCAAAACGUGAAUGUUUAGGUUACGAUCCCAUCUUCAAGCAACAACCAGGCCCUGCUGCCAUACAACCAGCACCUAGCUCUGCUCCUUCGCAAGCUUCAUCGAUCGCGACCGCGAAUCCUUACGGAAACCAACCGCAGAUGCUGCAGACUGGUUACGGUGUCCCAGCUACAAUGUCAUAUGAUCCUGCCCUUACUGCACCAAGUGCUGCUCAACAUUAUGACUAUUCAUCUGCAAUUGAUCCAAAUUUGGAGGCAUCUGCUCCAAUCCCUGUUAUCAACCCUUUUCACUCUGCUCCACCAGCACAACGAUCCAUCGAUGAUCUUCUAGCAUUCGGUAAUCCCCCUGCGCCAGUUGACAGCCAAGUUCCCGAUGUUUCACAAUCCCCAUCUGCACUCGAAGAAGCAAAGCACCUAUACUAUAGCAUUUAUUCUCCAGGUCUAGAGAGUUUCCUCGAAUCGAAAUGGUUCAGUGCCAAAGGUGCUGCAAAACUCAUGAGCGAUAAACCAUUACUCGAAAAAUUUGGAACACUUCUCCUACAGUUCUCGAAGACAAUUGUGACUGAUCCUGUCGCAAUAGCACAUACUGCAAGUGUUGAAGCAAAAGUUGUUUGGGCUUUGGCCUGUAUGGUCAAGCUUGGUGCUGAGGAAGAGAAAGAAGCCAGGGCAGAAUCUAAGAGCGUGCUCCCUGCCCAGGAUGAUGCAGUGGAGGCCAAUCACCGUUUGACGGUUUUUGAAUGUCUCUUGACAGGUAAAGUUGCUGAAAGUAAUCAGCUCACUGCUCCUGUCCAAGGAAGUGGAGAUCACCACAGAUUGAGAGAGUUGGAAUUUUGGUACUCAUUAGCAAACUUUGUAUGCCUUCGAGAAGACGACCCAAAUUGUGCCAAGGAUGUUGAUGAUACUCUUGCUACCUUGAGAAAUCUCUUGGAUGGCCGGGAGAAUCGAGAUGUCUUGUACUCAAUCGCCAUCAUUCGAGCUAUUGGACAACGUGUUUCUGAAUAUACACCAAGCGACACACCACUUCACUUUGAUGAAAGUGAUAAUCGCAGCAAGCUUCUUGUUGCAAAGAAGUUCGUCCAAGAUGAAGCAAGUGGUUCAGGAACAACAAAUGUUAUUAGAAGAUUGUGUGAGCUUGCUACACGCACAUGGACAACUCCGGCACCUCUUGUACCUAUCCCAAAAUAA